GAAAUCUGCUGUCCCUUCGUGUUCUCUGUCGGUGUCGGUAUCAUCCACGCUUUGUGGGUCGCAUUGGGGAGUUCGCUGGGUUUUGUCGGGAAUGAUUUCUUGUAGAUCGAGUUCUAAGAUUUUAUUACAAUGGUUUUUUUAACCACCCUUCGAAUAAAUUGUUCUCUCUUGAUCAAAAGGGAUAGUUGUCUCUAAGGAUCCGAUAGAAGAAUUUUUAUCUUUGUGUUUACCUGGUUUUAGCUUUGUUAUUUUGACAUACGGUGGACAUGAAUCCCUCAAUGGAUGUGGAAGACCUAAAGAAGAGAUACUGUGGUCGACUCCAGCACUCUUUGUUUCUCUCCUUGCUUCUAAUUUGCAUAUUUUAUGGUGCUGCUUUUCUCAUUUUAGUAACAGUCAUCUAUCCUCACGACAUUUGGGAGGAUCAUGUUAGAAUAUUCACCAUAUCAGCUGUUGUAGGCAUUUUGGCUCUGCUCUUUGUUUGUAUGGUUCCCCUAGAACGCUCUUUCGCUCAUUGCUCUUGGCUUGUGUCAGCAGGAGUUUGGCUCUGUCUCCUGGGUGUUUUGGUGGUCUGCUCUUACAGUAGAACUCAUCGUCGCACUACAGACAAUGCACUUUUUGUUUACUUCGCAGUUUUUGUGUCUCAUACAAUGCUCUCUCUGCCUUUGCUGGUCGCUUGUGUGAUUGCUGUUCUUACUGCCCUAUCUCAAGUAGCUUUGGAAGCUGUUCUUGCAAAUACAGAUACUGGAAAUUUAGAAAAACAGGUUGCUGCUUGUUCUUUGUUUUUGACCUGCGGAACAUUGAUUGGAUAUUUCCAUAGGCGUACUACAGAUGCAUCCCAUGAUAAGACUUUCGCUGGUACACGGUUUUUUAUUGAAUCUAGAAUUAAAUUGGAAUAUGAAAAGGAGCAACAAGAACAGCUGUUGUUGAGUGUUAUACCCGCAUACAUCGCUGCUGAAGUGAAGAGAAGCAUCAUGCUCAAAAUGGCUGAUGCCUGUCAAAGUUCAAAUGCCCAAUCAAAGCAACGUUUUCAUGAGCUCUAUGUUCAGAGGCAUAACAAUGUCAGCAUACUUUACGCAGAUAUAGUGAAUUUUACUCCUCUGUCGGAACAACUUUCAGCAUCAGAUUUGGUCAAGACUCUGAAUGAACUAUUUGGCCGCUUCGAUCAAAUAGCUCAAGAAAAUCACUGUAUGCGCAUCAAGAUACUUGGAGACUGUUAUUACUGCGUAUCUGGUCUUCCUGUCUCAAGACCAAGUCAUGCGACGAACUGCGUACAAAUGGGGCUGAGUAUGAUUGAAGCAAUUCGGGUGGUGAGAGAAGCAACUGAAGUUAAUGUAGAUAUGCGAAUCGGAGUACAUACUGGAGAUGUUCUCUGCGGAGUUUUGGGUUUGAGAAAAUGGCAAUUCGAUGUUUGGUCAGAUGAUGUGACUCUUGCUAACCACAUGGAAUCAGGAGGUGUCCCAGGGAAAGUUCACAUAACAAAAGCAACUCUUCAGCAAUUAGAUGGACAAUUUGACGCUGAACCUGGAAAUGGACAUCAAAGGGAUCAAUAUUUAGCUGAUCAUCAAGUUGAAACCUAUCUUAUUGUGCCAACCAAAAAGCCUGAAAGCCUUGUUCCAAUUCUUGGUGAAGUUGAUCUGCGUCGUAGUUUUCGAACUAGAAUCUCAACGAAAAUGAGUAAAUAUAUGGAAUGCUGGGGAGCAGACAAACCUUUUGCUAACAUAUCCGAAACAACUCUUGCCAAGAACAUUCGUCUCACGAGCUUAGCUCUAAUUGAGACGAAUCUGCUUCCUGGUACAGAUUCAGGAUUCAGUUGCAGACAGUGUGAAAAAAGAGAAGAUUUGAAUCCCAUACUCCUGAAAUUCUAUGAUUCUAAUUUAGAGACGUCUUUUAGAAAUCAGCGUGAUUCCAAAUUUCUUUACUCCAUGGUUUGCGUCUGCGCUGUUUUUCUUUGCAACGCUGGAAUUCAACUACUGGUUUUUAGCUUAUCUUUACCCGUUGUAGGCACACUGACUUCAACUCUGGUUGUGCUGGGGACGUUAAUGGCUGUUGUAUGGAUUCAAAGAAAUCAGCGUAGGAGCAGCAACAGUCAUCAUUCACACUCUCGAGGUUCUUGUUCGACUGACGUCUCCUCCAAUCAUGUGCUGAGAGUUAUCCUCUUCCUAAUCGCCAACACAUUCAUCUUCGCAUCAUCCUUCAUUAAUAUGGUAAUGUGUGUCCCAGAAGAUAGCGAUUUCAGAGUUUCGUUGAACGAGACGCUGAAUUUAUUUUCCAGGCAAACUCAGGAUCUUCCGCCUCACUGCCGGUAUGGACAGGCCCACAUAUUCCCAGCAGUUCUCACUAUAACAGCAGUCUCCUUAUUUUUGAGGAUAUCCUACUUGUUGAAGGUUAUACUCAUGGUGAUUGAUAUCAUAGGAUUUGGAUUAGCAUUUACUCUAGUCAGACCAGAUCUUUUCGCUGCUAAUUUAGAGGACAACGAUGGGUUUUACAAGUUGCCUCUCGCCGUUCACGCCAUUCUCUUUCUGUUUACAUUCAUGCUUGUUCUUUUGGUGUUGGAUAGGCAGGCAGAAUCAACGGCACGAGCUGAUUUCUUGUGGCAAAAUAAGCUGCGAGUGGAACAGGAUGAAGUGGAAACGAUGGGCAGCAUUAAUAAAAUACUCUUGGAAAAUAUUCUUCCUGCACAUGUAGCUCAACAUUUCUUAUCGAAUAAUCGACAGACAGAAGAAUUGUAUCAUGAAUGCUAUAAAAACGUUGCUGUGAUGUUUGCGUCGAUACCUAAUUACAAAGAAUUUUAUGAUGAAACUGACAUCAAUAAACAAGGGUUAGAAUGUCUACGAUUACUGAAUGAAAUUAUCUGUGAUUUUGAUAAACUGCUCUUGAAACCGAAAUUUAGUAGAAUAGAAAAAAUAAAGACAAUCGGUAGCACUUAUAUGGCAGCUGCUGGACUUCAGCCUGGAAGAGAAGAAAAUGGGGAUCAAUUACGACAGGGGCAUAAUCUGAUUGCGCUGACAGAAUUCGCUAUAGCUUUGAUGACUUUACUUGAUCAAAUCAAUAGGGAAUCAUUUCAAAGAUUUCGUCUACGUGUAGGUAUCAACAGUGGUCCAGUAAUAGCAGGAGUGGUCGGUGCUCAGAAACCACAAUAUGACAUUUGGGGAAAUACUGUGAACGUUGCUAGUAGAAUGGAUAGUUGCGGAACUAUGGGGAAAAUACAGGUAACAGAAGACACUGCAAGGUUGCUGAUGGAGCAUAAUUACGAGUGCGAAUGCCGUGGCAAGAUCUACGUCAAAGGCAAGGGCAACUUGACUACAUACUUUGUGAAGACACAGUUUGAUCGAACCGGGGCUGCUGACUGCUGAAUAUAGAUGAUCUCUGAUGUAUAGCUUGAAGCACAACAAUACAUCUUCAAGUCAUUCACGGUGAAUAAUGUGCAAUUAAAAGCUCAUUCUCGCUCAAAAGCUGCGUUUAAGCUUUGCAAAGUAACCACUUGAAGGUUGAGAGUGAGAUUUGGCCUCACUUUCUAGAGUCUGAGAUAUCGUCGAUUCAGACACAAUAAAUGUAAUUUAAAAUGUAUUCACAUUUGUUUUAGAGACAAUUUAUUAUUUUAAUCAGCACAUAUAGUUUGAGUAUACUUAAAACAACUGUUAAUUUUUUUAAAAUAAUUAGUUUUCGAGUAUUUUGAUGUCAUACGUAGAUACUUAGUUACGGUUGAUAAAACUCUUAAUUUUUCUUUUUCAAUUUGCACAAGAGUUUAAAGAAAUUUCAAGAAAAUGUCAUUAUUGAGAAACCAGAGGCAUUUUAAAAGGUUUUUAAGACAAUGUUUUUUAUUGAAAUAACAUUAGUCUUUAUUUUAUAAUUCAGGCAUGGCUUUUUAAAAAAUAUGUAUA